AUGCUGUUGAAGACGUUUGUCAGCCUCGCGCUGGCUCUGUACAGCUGCAAUGCGACUAUGACGCUGCCCAUGAAGCGGGUCAGCCUGGACAGCACGUCUCUGCUUGCUAAAAAGGUCACCAAGCGCAAUGCUCACCUUGGCUUCACGACGCACACCCAAAGGAACUCUUUCGGCUCGUACAUCAUUGACUUUGCCGUGGGCAGACCUGCCCUCCAUACUCACCUCGCCGUCGACAGCGGCAGUGCGAUCACCUUCUUUGGCGUCGAGCAUGGUUACACCAAGACAAAGACGACGAGAAAUACUUCGAUCCCUUUCAGUGAAAACUUUGGCGAUUCGAGCGGUAUCAGCGGCUUUCUUGUACGAGAUCAAAUCAGCUUUGCUAAGGACAUCACCUUUGAUGGCUAUCUCGGCGCAGCUUUCGUCAGCAAAUUCUUCCAAUCAACAGAGCCAGGUACCCCCGGACUCUUAGGCUUGGGCAACAGAGCCAUGUUCGAUCAGACACUCGGCAACAACUCCAAUGCUAUCCCAACGGCCGUCGAGUCGAUGCAGAAUGCCAAGGUGAUCGAUGAAAAGAUCGUCACCUUGAACCUGCGCGAGCCUGCCAGCAUCCAUUUUGGCGGUGCUGAUCUCAGCAAGAGCAAGGGUCCCGUCGGCUACAUGCCUCGCAAAGACAUCGGAAGCGUUUCGUACUGGGCCUGUGACGUGUACAUGCCCUCUCUGGGUGUGACUGCAAAGCGCAACGAGAACGCUACAAGUUUGAUCGAUUCCGGUACAGAGCUGACCUUCCUUGCUCGUGCGCCUCUGCUUGUCUAUUACGAGAAGAUCAAAGAGAUUGGAGGCUCUUACAAUGCCAGCAAUAACUUCUUCCAGUACCCUAAAGGCGCUUUGCCUCCCACCAUCGAUCUUACUAUUGGCGAUACCCUGCUGCCUCUGUCUGGAGAAGCCCAGACUUUGCCCGAAGCUCUCAAGAUCCCCAACGAGCUGGACAUGAGCCUCGAUUAUUCGAUUAUCUUGCCUGCUCGAGAUGGAGCCACGACGUCGCUCAUUGGAAGCACUCUGCUCAGCCAUUACAGCGUUAUAUUCGAUUCGGAGAAGGACCGCAUCGGCUUCGCUCUACGCGCAUAG